UUCAAGUGAUACGUGGAAAAGAAGGGGAGGAUUUCUACAAAGUCAAGCACUUGCCUUCCAUCGCAUUCAGUGCAAUAUCUGAAAUUGAGAUGAAAGUGACAACAUACUCGAUCUUCUGAAGAAGCAACUUACUACUUGUUACAAAUGCAUGGCCAAAACAUAAUGCCAUUCCAAUUUUGUGAAAGCAGCUAAUCAAAAUCAUGAAUUUGGACAGUAGAACUGAUGAGAGAUUGCUAUUUGAUGCAGAGGAUGAUGUUUAUCAAAUGCUUAUGAAGAUCUUAAAUAGUGAUCCAAGUGACAACAUGAAGAUUCUAAAGGCACUUAUAAAUGCCGAGGACGAUCAAUUGCCACUUCUUGAUGGCUCUACAAAUAGAAGGGUAAAAUUGGAGGUGCUGAAGGGGAAGAAUGUGUUUCUGCUCAUAUCAGGCCUAGACUUUCCCAAUGAGGAUCUCUUACUUCUCAAACAUAUUCACAAGGAAUUCUGUUUGGAGCGGAGUUUGAUACAUAGGCGGCAUGAGUUUAUGUGGAUCCCAAUUGUGGAUCAUUCUUUUAAGUGGAAAGAUUCUCAGCAGCAAGAGAUGUUUGAGUGUCUGCAGGCCUCAAUGCCAUGGUAUUCGGUCUGCACUCCUGCACGCAUUGAUAAGGCAAUCAUCAGGUUCAUCAAGGAGGAGUGGCACUUCCAGAAUAAGCCCAUCCUUGUGGUGCUAGAUUCACAAGGAAAAGUGAUGAACCGUAAUGCUAUUCACAUGAUGCGGAUAUGGGAGGACACCGGCUACCCAUUCACCAGUUCGAAAGAGAAAGCUCUGUGGGGGGCAGAGACUUGGGGGCUUGAGCUGCUGGUUCAUGACGUUCACCCAACCAUACAGAACUGGAUCAAAAAGGGAAAAUUCAUUUGCUUGUAUGGAGGGACUGACAUGAAGUGGAUCCAAACAUUCACAACCGUAGCAAAGGAAGUUGCGUCAGCUGAGCGGAUCCCCUUAGAAAUGGUGUACGUGGGAAAGAGCACCCACAGAGAGCGAGUCCUACAAUGCAUAGCAUUCAUCAGUAUGAAGGAACUGAGCCACUGGUGGCCAGACCGCACCAUGGUCUGGUUCUGGAGCCGGCUGGAGAGCAUGUUAUUCUCCAAGAUCCAGCUAGGAAGGGCGGACGAGAAGGACCCCAUGUUGGAGGAAAUCAAGAAACUGCUCAGCUACGACAAGGAAGGAGGAUGGGCUAUGCUCAGCAAGGGAUCCUCGCCAAUUUUCAGUGGUUCCAGCGCCACUGUUUUGCCUACCUUCAUGGCGUACCAUGCAUGGAAAGAGCAGGUCCCGACGAAGGGUUUUGAUCAGGCAGUCAUGGAUUACCAUGACCAGCUUCGCAACGAUUCUGAUUACCCGAAGUUUGAUUUUAUUGAUAUUGAAUGAAAUCUUGUAUAUAUUUUUAAAAUCCA